AUGGUGUUGAAGCCCCGGGUGAUUGCUGUUUGUCUCGGUACGUGGUGAAUCUUGCUCUCUCCUUCCUUUUGCCUGGGAUGCUGGCCUAUUCUGUGUCUUCUCUUUUCCCUGCUCUUUUUCAAGUUCCUCUUUCCAUGUGUGCUACUCAGUUCUAACAGUUAUUUUGUGUUGGUUUGUUAAUGAGGUGACAAGACAGAGCUAGGCAGAUAAAGGGAACGGCUGAAGGACAGAGGGUUGUAGCCAAAGCUAGUCCUGCACAGAACAGACCCGCUGAUAUUAAUGGGCCUAGGUUAGCCAUGUCCAUUAAUUUCAAUGGGUCUACUCUGAGUAGGACUGGCAUGGGGUACUGCAUUGUUUCGUUCCCAGCAUCAGGUCUGCUCCUCUGUGUGUCGUGGCUGUUUACCUCUAAGACUCUGGAAACAGGAUCCAUGGGGAACCAGCACUGCGCCCAGCUUUUGAACACACCUUCAGCUCUCUUCCCCAAGUCUUUGGGGGCAGUCAUGAACUUUAAAUCUAUGCUAUGUAUGCAGCCACUGUUUUUAAUUGCCACUUUUGCUUUAUUUGCAAGCGCAAAUUAUUUCAGUAGAACAAUCAGUAUGUGUGUUACAUGUAUAUUACAUACAUGUACACACACACACACACACAGACACACAGACACACACACACACACGUGUGGUGUAGUGGUUAGAGCAUUGGACCGGGACCUGAAGCUCACUGGGUCCAACACUCACUCUCAGCCUAACCUACCUCACAGGGUUGUUGUUUGGAUAAAAUAUGGGGAGGAGGAGAACAACGAUGUACAUAACCUUGAUCUCCUUGGAGUAAAGGUGGAAUAUAAAAGGAAUAUAUAUACAUACAAGGGAUGCGGGUGGCGCUGUGGGUUAAACCACAGAGUCUAGGACUUGCCGAUCAGAAGGUCGGCGGUUCGAAUCCCCGCGACGGGGUGAGCUCCUGUUGCUCGGUCCCAGCUCCUGCCAAUAUAGCAGUUUGAAAGCACGUCAAAAUGCAAGUAGAUAAAUAGGUACUGCUCCGACGGGAAGGUAAACAGUGUUUCUGUGCGUUGCUCUGGUUCGCCAGAAGCGGCUUAGUCAUGCUGGCCACAUGAGCUGUACGCCGGCUCCCUCAGCCAAUAAAGCGAGAUGAGCACCGCAACCCCAGAGUCGGCCACGACUGGACCUAAUGUUCAGGGGUCCCUUUACCUUUACCUUUAUAUAUACAUACAGCACAUACAUGUAGUAUUUAAAUACAUUCAUGCAUACAACAUGCACCCACCAACACACAUCUUGAGACCUUAACCCAUUAUUCCUUUGCGGAGAAAUGCCAACCUGCUUUAGAAAUAUCUAACGACCCCCAGCAGUGAGCCAGUCAGAAACUCUUAUGCAGUGGUUUUCAACCAGUGUGCCGUGGCACCCUGUGGCGCUUUGAAUGAUGGUCAGGAGUGCCGUGGGCAACACUAGCCUAUGUCCUUUUUCUUCCCUCUCUCCUCUGAUGCCCUCUCGUGUCCCCAAAAGCUUGCACGACUCUUCCUUGCAGCAGCCCUGGCUACAAACUCUCCAGGAAAAUGGUGCCUCGGGGGCUGGUUGCCAGGAGCUGAGGUGGCCUAGGAGUAAGCAAGCAAGUAGUUGAGGGAGCCCAGCCAGCCAGUCCGCCAGCCCUUGCUGUCGGGAAUGGACAGACAAGUGGGAGACCAGGCAGGCAGGUGCUGUGCUUUUCUUGCCCUGGCAAGGCCUGCCUGGGAGCUGAGUGCCCGGUGCUGAAGGGGAGCCUUUCCACCAGGCAGGCCCAGCAGCGCCCAUUGCUGCCACUGCUGCCUCCCAAGGUAAGGUGCUGGCCUCAUGUUCACCUUUGCCCAGUCUCCUUUGGGUCACUAAGGCUGGGGGCAUCCUCUUCCCAGGCACCUGUGGGGCAGGGUGGGAGAUUAGCUCAGAGACCAGUGGCAGUGGCGGCAGCUGCCCAGAGGACUCCCAAGGAGAGGGGAGAAGAGAGGAGGCUGAGGGAACCCUACAUGGGGGGGGGGGUUCGAAAAAGGUUGAGGGGCUGCAGGCAAGGGGUGACAAAACUGGGAUCCUGAGCCCCACAGGGGUGCCACAGAAAGGUCAAGGGAGCCGUGGAUUCAAAAUGGUUGAAAACCUCUGCUCUUGUGGAUAAAUUCAAAAGAUUGCUUGGAUGCUGUUGUGCUCAUGGAGGAACAAUGCUUGCCUGAUUAUUUUAAAUGGCAAAAUCUUCUAUUUUUUGUGCAAAAUGCAUUUCCAUAUACAGUGGUACCUCAGGUUAAGUACUUCAUUCAUUCCGGAGGUCCGUUCUUAACCUGAAACUAUUCUUAACCUGAAGCACCACUUUAGCUAAUGGGGCCUCCCGCUGCUGCUGCGCCAACGGAGCACGAUUUCUGUUCUCAUCCUGAAGCAAAGUUCUUAACCUGAAGCACUAUUUCUGGGUUAGUGGAGUCUGUUACCUGAAGCAUAUGUUACCUGAGGUACCACUGUAUCAUUGAAUGACUCGCAAGUCUGCUCGCCUUGGGACUUCAGAGACAGCCGUGUUCCGUGGACCCUGCCUGUCUCACUUGCUCCUUGUCUCUAUCUUCUAAUCCAGUUGUGGUGACCCCACUCGUUCUCCUGGGCGUGACACCAGUGAAUUCCAGCUCCAGCUCCUGCCAACUCUGCUUUGCAGGUUCAGAGACCCUCCUCCAAACAAAGCGACUGGUUAUGUCGAUGAGGAGGCCUGCCCGGAAGCUCUACAAGUCCUAUGUAAGUAAACUGGGAUUGAUUCACUCGGACAUCCUACAAGGGGAUCUAACAGAGCAAUGCCUACUCGGAAGUAGGGGUGUAAGAAGGAAUCACCUGCUAUCCUACCCCUGCAUUCCUCACAUACAACUCUGUUUACAUUCUGUUGCAGUUUGCCUUCUGCAAAAACGAUGUUAUCUGUCCCGCUGUGGCGGAAUUACAUAAUUUAGAUCAUUUGUGUGCUCAGUUAGUUACAUAAGAUACACCUCUUUACCCUGACUUACGACACUUGAGAUGGAUAUUUUUAGAACCCCCUUCAUUUCUGGUGUUGUAAGUUGUUUUCAACACGCUGUUUUAGUUGUUGGGCUUCAGGGUGAAGGGCAGGCUGUUAAUAUUAUUGUUAAUUAUUAUUCAGAAUAGUGGGUCAUCUUCUAAUUUUGCACGAAACACAUUUCUGUAUGCCACUGAACGACUCCAAGCUGUCUUCCAUUGCCAUACUACUACUACUACUAAUAAUAAUAAUAAUAAUGUUGUCAUUAUGUUAUUCCACCACAUCAAUUUCAGUGCCGACGAAACAAUGCAAGUGUGUUGGUGGUGAGGAAUGUAAUCAAACACAUCUUGUUUGUGGACUGAAACCAAACCGUAGCAAUUUCCACUCCCUGUUUCCAUCAGAAUUUCCCCACACCCCUCUUCAGAAGUCAGUCCUAUUGAAUUCAGUGGGGCUUACUCCCAGAUAAAUGGAGUUAGAACUGCAGUCCAAAUCACAGUUCCUCAGUCUGGUGCCCUUCCGAUGUUCUGCACUUUCAGAAAAGCACCAGAAAGAAACAUUUCUUUGGCAACCAAUAAUACAGGUAGCUGGAUCUUAUUUCAACCCUGCGGACAGGAUACUGGGUUGUAGUCAAUGUUAGUCCCCCUCAGAGUAGACCCAUUGAAAUUAACAAUAAUGAUAGACAUAGAUACAUUAAUUCCAAUGGGUUUGCUCCGAGUAGGACUAGCAUUGGUUACAACCCACUGGAGGCAGCAGGCCAGAAUAUACAAAUCAGAGGAGAAUGGAUUAGGAGGAGCAAGAAACCGCUACUGUUGCCCUCCAGUAUCUGCCGCCAGAGGCAGUUGGCUCACUUUGCCUAAGGAUAGGGCCGGCCCUGCUACUUCUGUUCAUUUGCAUGCCCGCACAAACCUGUCAACGUAUACAAACCGCACUUGUGUUUUGACUCACAUCUGGGGGACAAUAAGCAAUCGCUUUGUUGCCAGCCUGGCACAGAAGGUCACAUUCUGUCACACCACAACAGGAAGUUGCUAUUCUAUGACAUACUUCCUGCUGCCCUUCCUGUUUGCCUGCGGCUGUUGCUCAUUCCAGCAACCCCAGUGGUAGAGAAAUCCUGCCCUCUUCAGAUUUUUUUGCUUUGCCCUACGUUUUGGCGAUAUCAGCUGUUUGAAUCAGUGAUGGCUGGUGCCCAGUGGGAUUGGUGUAGGGAGGAAGGCACCACAGCCAACAGCAGGUGGCGACAGAGCCAACGACAGGCAGAGCCAACUAAUCCUAGUUUCGUCCCCCACUGAGGACUCAGCUAUACAGCUGCAAAUAAAACGUUUUAAGCGUGUUUGGAGUGCAAUAUACAAUGUGACACUAGAUGGCGAUGGUGAGCCGUAUGGAAAAUUCAAUGUGUUUUUAAAAACGCCUUUUAAAAAGAGCAUUUUCAGAACGGUUUUUAUCUGUGUGUAGAACCCACCUGAGUCCUACAAGGGCAACCCUGAGACUAAGCCCACAUUUGUUGCUUAACGGAAAAAAGAAAAUCUGCCACUGCUGCCUAUAUCUCUCUGCUGCCACCUGAGGUGACUGGAGGUGGCCCAGGAAAGCCCUGGCGCAUUGACGGUAGCGAGGGAGAGAAAAGGAGGCUGGAGGGGAGUCAGCGGUACUGGCCUUGCUCUUGCCAGGUGGCGGCGAAUGACACACUCCUCUGAGGGCCUUCAGAGCAGCAGAAGAGGAGAAAACGAAUCUAGACAGUGGCUAUGGAGGCUCCUCAGAUCUGCUGUACAACCAGCUGUUCCCAGCCUGCUGCCUGAGGCAACUGCCUCAGCAGGGCUAAUAGGUGGGCCGGCCUUGGUGAAGGAUGAUGAGAGUUGCUGGGGGACCCAUAUUCCCUUCCCAGAGCUACAAUCAAGAGUGAUUUAACAAUCAGUCCCUCUUCACAGGGAACUCUGGGAAUUGUAGAUCUGAGACAGGGAGCCGCCUAACAACUUUCAGCACCCUUAACAAACUACAGGUCCCAACCCCCUGGAUUGGUUACAAAAAGCAGGCAGACAGGUGGGUGCUGGCUGAGGACAGACUGAAGUGGAGAGGGCAAGCACCCUAUUUGCCCUAAUAGAAUAGAAUUAUAGAAUUGGAAGGCACCAUGAGGGUAAUCUAGUCUAAUCCCUUGCAACGGAGGUAUCUUUUGUCAAAUGUGGGGCUCGAACCCACAACUCUGAGAUUAAGGGUCUCAUGCUCUACCGGCCAAGCGCUCCACAGGGCUAGACCAGCCUCUGUUGGUUUGAAUUAAAAGACAUAUGCCAAAAAUGACUUUUUGAACUUUUUUAUUUUGAUUUUUUGUUAUAAACCAAAGCAUGUAGGCACCGAAAAAGAAGGUAGGUAACAAAGAAAACGGGACGCGGGUGGCGCUGUGGGUUAAACCACAGAGCCUAGGGCUUGCUGAUCAGAAGGUCAGCGGUUCGAAUCCCCGCGACGGGGUGAGCUCCCGUUUCUCGGUCCCAGCUCCUGCCAACCUAGCAGUUCGAAAGCACGUCAAAGUGCAAGUAGAUAAAUAGGUACCGUUCUGGCAGGAAGGUAAACGGCGUUUCCGUGCCCUGCUCUGGUUCGCCAGAAGCGGCUUAGUCAUGCUGGCCACGUGACCCGGAAGCUGUACGCCGGCUCCCUCGGCCAAUAAAGCGAGAUGAGCGCCGCAACCCCAGAGUCGGCCAGGAUUGGACCUAAUGGUCAGGGGUCCCUUUACCUUUAACAAAGAAAAAGCACCACAGAGUUGCAGAAUGAAAUAUAACAGCAGCAAACCUCUGCGCCAAAUUACAAUAAUACUUCACUGAAUAUCAGGUGGGAUUUAAAUACCGCCACCGUAGUGAAGAACAGGAAGUCAGAGGGAUAUGGGAAGAUAAUAUAUUCAAAGAAGCGAAGCCAGUCUUCAUCAAUAAGCCAAUAAUUGACAUGCCUCUGAUUUUGUCUCUAGUUGACCCAUAUGGGCUUGAUGCAAGAUGCGGACCAGCUUUGCAGCAUGACGCCAGUUCCCUGGUUCCCAGAUAGCAAUAUUGCUAGGAAACCGCAGAAUCUUAUGCUGCAGGAGUUGUACAGGACAGCACUCUGUUUGAAAGACUCCCUCUUGCUCAUCAGAGAGCAGCAAAGCAGACUGACUGGUCCCCACGAGGCGUUGCACAGCCAAUUGGAAAAAGCCCAGCAGCAAGUGACCGGCCUGGUCACCAAUACUCAGUGCACCCUCUGCCUGCAGGGCCUGACUCUGCCCGCCGUCACCCUCCCAGCGAGACCCACGGACCCAUCGGCCUUCCAGCAAAAGAUUGACGGCUGCCGGGUGCUCAGGAACUACUCCAAGCUGAUUGGCGACUUGGCAAAGGCCUUCAGAAAGCACCUAGCCAAAGGGAAAGGGGCAGAGCGUCAGAAAAAGAGAAACAGGACUAAGCCGGCUGCAGCUUUCUGA